AUGGCGUUCCCGACAAACAUGCUGGGCAUCCUCAUCACCCUCGUCAGCGCGUUUGCCCUCGUGCACUCGGCGGACUCGAUCCCCAGACUACUCAAGUACGAAGACAAGGCCAAAAAGGCGGCGGAAUGGAGCAGGACGGCGGAGAAGCAGCUUUGGGAAAUCAGAUAUACCGUCGGAACAGGCUUCGUUGGCUGCCUCGUGUCCGCCAUCGGCGGCAUCGCCUUCUCCCUCGUGGUGCCCCGCGGCCUGGGCAUCUUCACCGUCGGCUUCCCCAUCAUGCUUGCCGCGGGUCUGACGUACGGACACCAGUACAUGCGCCAAUUCUGGGCCUCGAAGCCCAAGGUGCCGCUGAUGAAGGACUUCAACGAGGCGAUUUCGGACUCGAUGAUGGUGCAGGAUAUGAUGAACCCCUUGGCUGGCGCGUGGGGUCUCAUGACGUUUUGCAAGCUCGUUGGGUUGUAG